AUGGCUACCCAACCAUCCACUGCACCGCCCAGCGAGCGAUUUGCUCCAAAGCAGAGGCUCUCCAUACUGCACGGUCCCGUCGAGCCUCCCCUCGUUGAUUUAAAUCUCGGCGAACUUCUCGAACUCCAGACCUACCAGCAUGGCACGAGGGAGUGUCUCGUCAUCCCCUGGACCGGCGCACGAUGGACCUACAACGACCUCAACCAUCAGAGCCUCUUGCUCGCCCGGGCCCUCCUGGACAUGGGCAUCGGCGUAGGUGACAGGGUCGGGGUCAUGGCGGGCAACUGCGAGCAAUACACUGCCAUCUUCUUUGCCGUCACUAGAAUCGGCGCCAUCCUCGUCAUUCUGAACAAUACCUACACCCCCACAGAGGCUAUGUACGCCCUCAAGUUCUCUGAUUGCAAAGUAUUCUUUACCACACCACAAAUUGGACGCCUCGACAACCGUCGUCUCCUUUCCGAGCUUCAAAACGAAGAGGAGGGCAGGAAGCCCAGGGUAAUCAUCAUUCGGGGUGAACCAGGGUCGUAUCGGACAUAUGACGACUUGAUCAAGUCAAGCAUCCGUCAAGACACAAGCAAUCUCGAGCGAGUGAUGAGAAGAGUCGUGCCGCACCAGGUAUGCAACCUCCAGUUUACCAGCGGCACCACCGGUCUCCCGAAAGCUGCUAUGCUCACUCAUCACAACCUCGUCAACAACGCCCGUUUCAUAGGCGACCGCAUGCGCCUCACCCCUUCCGACGCGCUCUGCUGCCCACCCCCGCUCUUCCACUGCUUCGGCCUCGUCCUCGGCCUCCUCGCCGUCGUCACCCACGGAGCCAAGAUCGUCUACCCCGCCGAGGUCUUCGACCCCCGCGCCACCUUCCGCGCCCUCCGCGAGGAACGCUGCACCGCCCUCCACGGCGUCCCCGCCAUGUUCGACUCGCUCUUCCAAGCCGCCGCCGCCGAAGCCGCCGAACAAGGCCGCGCCGAGCCCGACUACCCGCGCAGCAUACGCACCGGCAUUGUUGCCGGCGCCCCCGUGCCGCGCUACCUGAUGCGCCUCAUGGUCGACCGCCUCGGCAUGCGCGACUUCACCAGCAGCUACGGCCUCACCGAGGCGUCGCCGACCUGCUUCAACGCUUUCACCGACGACGCGCUGUCGCGCCGCCUCACGACCGUGGGGACCCUCAUGCCGCAUGCCCGCGCGAAGAUCAUUGACCGGAACGGGAAUGUCGUGCCCCUGGGCACGCCUGGGGAGCUGUGCAUUGCCGGGUACCAGCUUUCCCCGGGGUACUGGAACAACUCGGAGAAGACGAACGAGACUAUGGUCCGCGAUUCGGCGGGAGUUUUGUGGCUGCAUACGGGCGACGAAGCCGUUUUUGACCGGGACGGUUACUGCACGAUCACGGGACGAUUCAAGGACAUUAUCAUUCGAGGGGGCGAAAACAUCUACCCCCUAGAAAUCGAGGAACGCCUCAUGGCCCACCCCGCCAUAUCACGCGCCAUCGUCGUCGGCCUCAAGGACGACCACUACGGCGAAGUAGUCGGCGCAUUUGUCGAGAAGGACGAAAACAGCCUCCGCCCCUCCGACGACGAAGUCCGCGACUGGGUCCGCAGGCAGCUGGGCAAGCACAAAUCCCCCGCUCACGUCUUCUGGCUGGGCGAAGAUGGCGUCCCGGCGCAUGUGCCGCUGACCGGGAGCGGGAAGGUGAGGAAGUUCGAAAUGGCCAAGCUGGGUGAUGAGAUUCUGCAGAAUAGGAAGGGUGUUUCUGCCAAGUUGUGA